UAUAACAUGAUUCGCCAUGAACUCUUCUCCAAUACAACUUCUUCCCUUCCUUCCAACCCAACAUGCCUGACCUCGCUACCGCCAAAGCGUCCAAUGAUAAAUUUUCCCCUUCUUAUAUCCCUGUGGCGGUUAUUGUGGGGGGAACAUCUGGGAUAGGGGAGGCGAUGAUAAAGGCAAUCGCCCACUAUACAGGAGGGAAGGUCCACCUCAUCACCAUUGGCCGCAAUCGCACCGCAGCCGAGAAGACCUUCGCUUCUCUCCCCACCGCCACAGCAGAGGAUGGUAAACCCGUGCUACGAGAAUUCGUGUUCUGUAAUGCGGAGUUAAUGGAGAACAUCAAAACUACAGCAACAGAUCUCUCUGCGCGUCUUACGAAGAUCAACUACCUCAUUUUGUCUGCUGGGUACGCAGACUUAUGGUCAGGGAGGCAGGAGACAGAGGAAGGGAUUGACAAGUUACUGGGGCUGCGGUAUUAUUCACGGUUCAAGUAUACGUAUGAGCUUUUGCCCUUGCUAAGGAAUGCGAAGGACGCGGGGGAGGAUGCGAAGGUCAUGUCGAUCUUGGCAUCUGGACUGGGACGUGCUAUUGAUGUCAACGAUCUGGGAAUGAAACACUCGUACAAGGCAUACAAGGCUACUUUGGCGAGUGGCUCGUAUAACGAUAUCAUGGUAGAAGAAUUCGCGAAGCGCAAUCCCGAGAUCUCAUUCACACAUAUCUAUCCUGGAUUUGUCGAUACACCAGGGACGCGGCCAACACACUGGGCUCUACGCCUUUUCACCCCGCUGAUCGUUCUGUUAGUUUGGUUGGCUGCUAUCUCGCCGCAGGAAUCCGCAGAAUAUAUGCUGUUUGCGCUGUUUGAUGGAGAAAAGGGCUUCUUCCAUCGCGGUUCUAAAGGCGAUGAUCUCGGGACGAAGGGGUACUCCUUUACGGAUGAGGAGAAGAGGGCUGUUUGGGAACAUUCAGUGGAAGUUACUCGGUGUGCAUGAACGUUGGGACUGUUGAUAUUCUUGGAUUCGGAUUGGGGGCAGGUAUGGUUCCUACAGGUUCAGGUUCAGCCCUCGUUUUGUAUGAAUGACCUAAUGAUGAGUAACAUCGUUGAACGUUGAGGGUUUAGGGCUUGACUGUUCGCUUCGAGAAUUUGAUCAGCAGGACGGGCUGCGAGACGCUUCCUUUCCCUCUUCUACUGAAGGCAGGCCGUGCGAUAUAAAAUCGUCAUCGAACAACAUCGCCACUCUGUGCUUUAUUCCUAUGUAUCAGUGCACUGUAAUCCCUACUUAGGACUAC